CAUUAGCGGUCUUUUUAGCUGCAGCCUUUUCCUUGACGGUGAUCCUGGCAGCGUGACGACAUCCAACCCCCAGGGCUCCAUCGCAGUAAAUUAAUCCUUUCGAGUUCGAUUUUUUGGGCAGAAGUGCUUGCAGCAGCGCUUGAUUUUGAUUGUGGCCAGAUACUGUUCAGCUGGAGAAUAGUAUACUUUCCAACGGGAUAUAGCCAUGGCGAAGAAUGCUCCUCUUGGCCUCGCUGGCCUGGUCCUCCUCGCUGUUUCCCUCCUCUUCCUCUGGUUCAUCAUCCUCUCAGGCUUGACCUCUACCACGCCAUUCGACAAGACGUAUUUCCUCCGCGCCGACACAGGCGGUAUCUCGGGUGCUCGCGAAGUUACACAAUGGAACUUCUUCUACAUUUGCGGUGCCGGCAACAAUGACUGCGAUGGCGCCCGCGCUGCCCCCGUCAUCGGUCGCGCCUGGGACUCAAACCCACGUAAUGCGCCCAGCUCGCUUGUCGGUAGUCGUGCCGGUGACACCACAUCGAACAAACAGUUCUUCUUGUGGCGGUUUGGCUGGGUCUUCAUUCUGAUCACUCUGUUCUUCGAGACCCUCGCCUUCUUUACUGGCUUCAUUGCCUGCUGUGGCCGUCUUGGUGCUGGAAUCUCUGGCAUCAUGUCCAUGUUCGCCCUGUUCUGCUCCUCAGUUGCAAUGUCCCUAAUGACUGCUACCUGGGUUCUCGCUCGCAAUGCCUUUCACCAUGACGGUCGAUCGGCCUCCAUUGGCCGCUAUGCCUUCGGUUUUGCAUGGGCCUCAUGGGCCACUUUGUUCAUCGCUACCAUUCUCUUCUGCCUAGGCAUGCGUGGUGACAAGUCGUCAAGCGGAGGUUACAGCGGCCGCUCAUGGCGCCGUAGACGAAGUGUCCGCAGCAGCCAUGGCGGAGGCUAUGAGGGGCGCCGUGUUAAGGAUGACUAUUCCUAAACUGUUACCUGGCAGCUGUCUGUUAGGUCACAUCCCAGUGACUCUCCAAUGUCGGCAGAGCUCGAUGAGGGAUGAGCAUGAACAGCCGCAGUGAUCGCAUCCACGACAGCCUCAAUGGUUGUUCGCGUGCUACGCUAUAAUUUUGUUCCGUCUAUAUUUGAUUCACCAACCAUGAUCUGUUCUACUGAGCAGGUUUGUGUUCAUGAUAUGUUUGGCGAGGAGAAUGGGCUUUCUCUGAACGUAAUGUUGAAGUUAUGGGCGAGAUCUACAAGAAGCUUGCUUUCAUCAACUGUCUAAUAAUUAUUAUGAAUGUAUGAUAUUACAACAAUUCAAGUGUUUUCAAGUCUCGAUA